AUGGGAAACCCUGCCAACCCUUUGCCCACGGACGGAGUUGUGGGCCGUUUGACCGACAAGCAGGAGAAGGAUCUCAAGGUCAGUCAGUCGUCGGCCGGCGUCGUCACUUUGUCGACGAGCGUCAUACCCGCAUGCGGGGGGCUGACGGCGCUAACCCCUCGUUCCCCGUGCCUCUCCUCGCCCUCGCGUUCGUAUUGAGCACAGGCCGCAUGGGGCGAGUUCCUCGACUUGAUCGACAACGCACCCACGGAAGGUAAUGGCAAGACCACCUCUGUCGAAGUUAACACCGAUAAGGGCAGUCAACCCAAGGUCAGUUCAAAGUCGAGAGCCUCAGCGCAGAGGCCAGCAUGCAGUGGGGGUUGUGCCGGCUUGGAGACGGUCGCCUUCCGCGCUUUCGAGCUUUCGAGGUCGCCGCUCCGUGAGGCCGAGCCCGUGCGCUGACGGGUUCCCCACUUGCGCCGAAUUUCCAUCCAGGGCGAUGACGCCAAGGCCGCUGCUCGUGCCGAACAAGAACGUGCCGAUGCUGCUGCUGCUUUCCAAGAAUGUGAGUAAACUCAUCUUGGGAAACGUUGCGGCACUGUAGUGGGACACGCGCAGCGACCUUGGGCCAUGGCCAGGCCGGUCAGAGCGAGUAGUCGGCAACUAGCCUCGCUUUGCUCAAAGAGCCUAUAAGGCCUUAGCGGUGUUUCGGUGACAAGUCGGAGAUACUGAUAACCCGACAUCGUGUUAUUCACCAGAUGGGAGUCGUCGAUUUGUCGCCUCGUUCUGGCGAUUGGUGAGCCCCGUCCGCCCAGGGAGGGCUAGCGACGCUUGUACUGACAUGUAACGCAUCGAUCAGGUUGCCAUGGAUGACCCCGAUGGAAUCAUGCUCCGCUUCUUGCGAGCACGAAAAUGGUCCGGGUCCGCCGGUAUCGCCAUGUUGUGCGCGUGCAUCAAAUGGCGAAUGGGUAAGUCGGACUUGCUGAGCCCAGCCUUCGAGUCCAUCAAGUCAGGUUCCUGAAGUGUGCGGUUGCGCUUUUACCAGGUGGUGACGUUGAAAAGAUUUUCGAAAAGGGUGAAGAAGGCAUGAAGGACGCGGAAGGUUUCAUCAUGCAGAUGGUCAGUGCUUACCCCGGAGCUCAGCCCAGCUCCAUUGGUCACCUCGCUAAACCGACGCCUCUGCCGGAAUCAAACAGGAAACCGGGAAGACCUACACACAGGGUACUGAUCGCUACGGACGACCUGUCGUCUACAUCCACGUCGCCAAACAUCGCACGUUCGACCAGUCGCCCAAAGCGUUGGAAGAUUUCGUCGUCUUCCAGAUGGAGUCCGUUCGUUGCCUCUUCUCACCCCCCGUUGACAAGAUCGUCAUGGUCUUUGACAUGACUGGUUUCGGUAUCCGUAACAUGGAUUGGCGAUGCAUCCUCUUCAUCGUCAAGUGCUUGGAAGCCUACUACCCUGAAUCCCUCAAUGUCAUGCUCAUCCACAACGGUCAGUAGCGGCCAGUCCUCGUCUCAAAUUCAUGGUCAUAAGCUCAUCUUUCCAAUCUGCGUUGCAUUCAACAGCCCCUUGGGUCUUCCAAGGUAUCUGGAAGGUCCUCGGUCCCAUGCUCGACCCUGUCGUGCGUGCCAAGAUCGAUUUCACCAAGUCGACCGACGACUUGGUCGUUCACAUCCCUCGCAACCACUUGGUCAAGGAGCUCGGCGGAACCUCUGCCUGGACAUGGAAGUACCCUCCCAUCAAGCCAGGAGAGAACGCCGCACAGCAGGACAAAGAGGGGCGGAAAAGGUUGCAGGCCGAACGCGAUGACUUGAUCGGGCAGUACACCGAAUUGACACGCCAAUGGAUCAAGUCCGACGACCCCAACAUUGCCAAGCAGCGUCGCAUCAUCAUGCUCAAGAUGAGGGCGCAGUACUUUGUCCUCGACCCUUACAUCCGUGGUCGUGGUGCUUACGUAAGUAUCCGUCUUCUUCAGCUGGUGUUCAAAAGACAUCGCAUUUGACGCCAAUCGCUUGGUCCUCUCCUCAGCACCGACAUGGCAACAUCAUCGGCAACGGUCUCGUCACGUUCGACUACCCCUCCUCGUCCGGCGAGAGCGAAGGCGAGUGGGAGACGGCGGGUUACGAGACGUGCAAGGAACAGUGCCAGCUCGAGGCGACCCAACUCGAAGCCGAGCUCAAGGCCGCCGGCGUCAGCGUUGGCGGUGGUGGUCGAGGUGGCAAGCGCCACAAGUAA